AUGCUUAGCUUCAUCACCGCCAUAGCCAAUAAACUAUUGAGGUAUACAAUGGAUGAUCAACCACAACAGCCACCGCAACCACAAGAGAGAAAAAAGAGAAUAGCCACACAACUAAUUGACAGUCAAGAGCCACAAGAAGUUGAUUUCAAUCAUUUUGGUAUGCAUUAUGGGGAUAAACAAAUUAAGUUUGCCAAUGAGUGUGGAGUCCUCACACGGUCGAUUAUUUCUAUCAAUUAUCGAACUUGGAAGAAAGUGCCGCAGGGUGAACUUGAAAUACGAUGGAAUAUUCAAAAUAACAAACGCAGAGGUGAUGUGCUUAAAAUUUGCAACACUGCAUGGAAAUCCUACAAGAAGAGGCGCAUACAUGAUUUCAUGGCCAAUGGAAGAGAUCCAAUUCCAAUCUACCCAUAUCUAGACCCUGAUACAUGGAAAACCUUCAAAAAAGAGAGAUCUUCAAAGGAAUUUCGGGCAAUAAGUGAGAAAGCGAGAGCCAAUGCGAAGCUUCAAAAAAAUCCUGCACGAUUAGGUCCACAUGGAUAUCGGGUGUUAGGAAGGGAGCACCCUGGCCGGACUAGGGCAGUUGGUCACACUGUCGGCCUGAGAAAAGCCAUGCAAGGGAAUGAUAAAAAGAAGAGGAAAAUGCAUGUGAAAGAAUCUAUGAAUGAGAUGCGCGCCACGAUAGAUGACCUUACAAAACAGGUGGCAGAGGUGGUAGAGGUAAAGGAAAUGAUGCAUGAGUCUAAUAAGCAAGUUGUGGACAAUGUGAGCCCAGGGGUUCUGAAUAGUAGCUGUGACUCAAUGCCAGCCUUGGUUGAGAUAACGAACCCUACUCAAUGUAAAUUGGUGUUGCCAUAUGGGGCAUUGGACCAGAAUUGCGCUAGUGGGCUGGUCUUUCCCUACGGGAAUGGGCUAAUACACUCACUCCCUCUGCGUGAAAACUACCUUAAAGUUUUGAUAGACAAAAUAAACAAAGACUUUCAGGGUCUUUCAAUUCCUGUAGUGACUGAUGAAGCCAGUAAUCUUCAAAGUGCAGUUGGCCAAAUAAUUCAAUGGCCACGAAAUGCUAUUAUUCUAACUGAGAUACAAGGAAGAAAGCUACAGAAUUCAACUCCAAGUUCGCUACAAACCACUGUAGGGGGUUGUACAAAAAAGAACACACUCACUCCAAUGAACAAAUCGAAGCCAAUUGAAUUACUACGUGAGAGAUUAAAGAACAACCCAUUAAUUCAUGUUGUAGCUGAUUAUGGCAUUUUAGAAGCCGAGAAAUUUGAGUUUUGGAUUGCACGAGAAGAAAUUCUUCGUUUGUUGAACAAAAGAACACUUGAUGUUACCAUUCUAACAGUUUGGCAGAUGAAUCAACAUCCGAUCUCACGUUUGAAGAACAAAUGCUCUUUCCUAAACCCGCAUAGGAUUCUUGGGGCAGAUUGCCAAGAAAACCUGGAAGCUAUCAUAAAUUACAUUGUUGAUGCGAUGCGAAUUAAUCAAGGAAAACAAUUUCUUAUCGCUCCAUAUCUUCAAAGUGAGCAUUGGGUCCUCUUUGUCAUUUCCCCUCAUAAUCGCACCGGGUACAUAUUGGAUUCAAUCAGGAGUCCUAUACAAAAGCCUAUGGAUACCUAUUACCUACUCAAGAAACAUGUUGACUCGGCUUUUGCAAGGUACGGGAAAGACGCAUCAAAUCCAAUUAACUGGACGCUCGCUGAGUGCAACCAACAACCGGGUGAUUGGGAGUGUGGGUAUUAUGUAAUGAAAUGGAUGACAAAUUUUGUGAUGGUUGAACAAAACGGAUUCUUGAGUAGAACUGCUACCCCUUGGAAUGACACAACUCCAUUUUCUGAAACCACCUUGUUUUCAACUGUUGUUAAGUGGGCAACACAAUUCCUGAACAAAUAUAUGAAAGAUGUGGUUGGGCAGAAAGGCAUAUCUAGUUAG